AGCCGCUACUGUGGCCCUGUGGGGGGAGGCUCCCAGACCACCGCGCCCGCCCGGGAGGCCGCUGCCGGGGCGCGGCGGCCAGCCCCCGCCCCGCCCGCGCGUGCGCGGUCGGCGCAUGGGUCGCAGCCGCUCGAGGUCCCGCUUCCAGAGGCUGAUCGACGAGCGCCAGCAGUACCGCCGCGACCGCGACUUCGCCAAGGCGGACAGGAUCCGCGAUGAGCUUCGCGACAUGGGCGUCCAGGUCGACGACGCCGCCUCGACGUGGACUGGGCCAGGCGGUCUCGAGGGCCGAUACGGAGGCGGUGGGGGUGGCCGCGGCGGAGGCGGAGGCGGCGGCUUCGGCGGAGGCGGAGGGGGUGGCCGCGUCGACGUGGACCGCAUCCAGAGGCUGGUGGACGAGCGUCAGCAGUACCGCCGCGACCGCGACUUCAGCACGGCGGACCGGAUGAGGGACGAGCUCCGCGACAUGGGCGUCCAGGUCAGCGACGAUUCGCUGACGUGGCGUGGGCCCGGGGGCCUCGACGGCGUCGUGAACAACGGGGGUGGCGGGGGUGGCCGCGGGCGCGGCCGCAGCCGCAGCCGCAGUCGCGGGCGCGGCGGAGGCUACGGCGACCCUCCCGGCGGCGGGUACGGCUUCGGGAUGCCCCCCGCUGGCUUCGGCGGGCCGCCGGGCUACGGGAUGCCGCCGCCGGGCUACGGCGGCUGCGGGAUGCCGCCCUGCGGCGGCGGCUUCGGGAUGCCGCCGCCGGGCUACGGCGGGCCCCCGCCGCUGCCCCCGGGCUGGGAGCAGGCCAACGACCCCGCCAGCGGCCGCCCCUACUUCUGCAACCGCUCCACUGGCGAGAGCAGCUGGACGCCGCCCCCCGCGCCCGCAGGCGGCCCCGGCGGCUACGGCGGCGGGCCUGGGCCGGGCGGCCCCGGCGGGCCUGGCGGCAGCCCGCCGCUGCCGCAGGGCUGGGAGCAGGCCCCCGACCCCAAGAGCGGCAAGCCGUACUACUUCAACCGUGCGACGGGCGAGACGCGCUGGGAGCCGCCCUGAGGGGAAGCGCGCGACGGGAGGCGCUCGACAUGCGUGCGACGUGAGGCGCCCGACAUGCACGUGCAAGCGCCAGAGGGCAAGAGUUACGGCUAUAGAUGAGAGGGCGAUCGUUAGUGAGCACCGAUGUGGACCCCGCGAGUAUCGAUAAGAUGCUCGCUUCGGUCGAAGUUGUACAGUCGGGGCGUCAAUAUUAGGAAUGCCCGUUCGCACGGGGCUCGGCGUUCCUUGUAGCGGCUUUUGUUCAGGGCAUCAGCAGCAAAUUCCGAAUCCAUGACUUGACAAAAC